AUAAAAGAUGUAUGCUUUGGAGCCCAGAGCCGCUCUUUUAAUGAGGGUUGCGACGUCUCCCUCCCCACACCCAUAAACCAGGCGGGUUGGACGUCACCGCUAAUUCGUUUCAGUGAUGAUAGGAUAAAGGAGGGACAUUAAGAAAUAAAUUCCCCCUCAUGACCCUCCCUGAGCUCACGGCUCAGUCCCUACAUAUUUAUGCCACGUUUCCAGACGCUGGGCUAGGAGCUACUUAGUGCUGCCGCUCCUCCGAGGGGCGGCCAGGCGGCAGGCAGCGCCGGCCGGACCGGCUCAGGAAGCCCCAGUCCUCUCAUCUGCGUCGCACAGGCCGGCGAUGCCCAGAGGAUAGUCCACACGAGCGUACGUCACCUCUAGACGUCGCCUCUAGACACAUCCACCAGAUCCUCCUCCUCCCAGUCCGCCUGACCCGCUGCGCAGGUACACUUCCCACCACUCCUGACGUCUGCCUGAUCAGCCCUCACUUCCUAAGAGAACAAGGAAGGGGCAGAUGCGUGACAUCAUGCCACCGACAGCCAAACAGCAAUGAGUGGGUGAUACCGCGUUGACGUCCAAGACAGACAAGCCCAAGAGACUCUGCCACAGCCCUGGCAGCACCAGCCCCAGCUCCUUCGUGGCACAGCCGGAAGCUGGGCUCCUCCUGGUGAAGUCACCUUGGCUCGACACACUCUGAGGUCUUCAGACCCUCGGACGCUGGACACCAUGGAGAAUCACAUGUUCAGUGUUCAGCAGAUCCAACCCAACGUGAUUUCUGUCCGCCUCUUCAAGCGCAAAGUGGGGGGCCUGGGGUUCCUGGUGAAGGAGCGGGUGACCAAGCCCCCCGUGAUCAUCUCUGACCUGAUUCGAGGGGGUGCCGCAGAGCAGAGUGGCCUCAUCCAAGCCGGAGACAUCAUUCUUGCGGUCAAUGGCCAGCCGCUGGUGGACCUGAGCUACAGCAGCGCCCUGGAGGUGCUCAGGGGCAUUGCCUCUGAGACCCACGUGGUCCUCAUUCUGAGGGGCCCCGAGGGCUUCACCACGCACCUGGAGACCACCUUUACUGGGGACGGGACUCCCAAGACCAUCCGGGUGACACGGCCCCUGGGUCCUCCCACCUCGGUCGUCGAUCUGUCUCAUCAGUCCUCAGCCUGCAAAGAGCAGCCGCUGGCGGUGGAUGGGGCCACAGGUCCUGGCAACGGACCACAGCAUGCCCUCGACAACGGACAGGAAGCUGGUUCGCCGACCCACACCAACGGCCUGGCUCCUGCCGAGAAAAAUGCUGGGGCCGCCCUCCAGGGCAGUGGGGAGCACAGUGAGCUGCUCAAGGAGAUAGAGCCUGUGCUGAACCUCCUCACCACUGGUGACAGAGGGGUCAAUGGAGGGGGACCCGUCAAGGUGGAGACAAAAGACGCAGAAGUACAGGUGGACAGAGAUUUGGACAGCAAGUCACACAAACCUCUGCCCCUGGGCGUGGAGAAUGACCGAGUCUUCAAUGAGCUGUGGGGCGAGGGCAACAUGCCUGUGGUCCUCAACAACCCGUAUUCGGAGAAGGAGCAGCCUCCUGCCUCGGGGAAACAGUCCCCCACAAAGAACGGCAGCCCCUCCAAGUGCCCCCGCUUCCUCAAGGUCAAGAACUGGGAGACCGAUGUGGUUCUCACGGACACCCUCCACCUUAAGAGUACGUUGGAAACCGGAUGCAGCGCACACAUCUGCAUGGGCUCCAUCAUGCAAGCUUCUCAGCAAAUACGAAGGCCGGAAGACGUCCGCACAAAAGAACAGCUCUUCCCUCUCGCCAAAGAGUUUAUUGAUCAGUACUAUUCGUCAAUUAAAAGAUCUGGCUCCAAAGCCCACAUGGAAAGGCUGGAAGAGGUGAACAAAGAAAUUGAAACCACCAGCACCUACCAGCUCAAAGACACGGAGCUCAUCUACGGGGCCAAGCACGCCUGGAGGAACGCCUCCCGCUGCGUCGGCAGGAUCCAGUGGUCCAAGCUGCAGGUGUUCGAUGCCCGAGACUGCACCACGGCUCAUGGGAUGUUCAACUACAUUUGCAACCAUAUCAAGUAUGCCACCAACAAAGGGAACCUCAGGUCUGCCAUCACCAUAUUUCCCCAGAGGGUCGACAGCAAGCACGACUUCCGAGUCUGGAACUCCCAGCUCAUCCGCUAUGCCGGCUACAAGCAGCCCGACGGCUCCAUCCUGGGGGAUCCGGCCAACGUGGAGUUCACACAGAUCUGCGUGCAGCAGGGCUGGAAACCCCCGCGAGGGCGCUUCGACGUCCUGCCACUGCUCCUGCAGGCCAGCGGCAACGACCCCGAGCUCUUCCAGAUCCCGCCAGAGCUGGUGUUGGAAGUGCCCAUCAGGCACCCCAAGUUUGAAUGGUUCAAGGACCUGGGGCUGAAGUGGUAUGGCCUCCCUGCUGUGUCCAACAUGCUCCUGGAGAUUGGCGGCCUAGAGUUCAGCGCCUGUCCCUUCAGCGGCUGGUACAUGGGCACGGAGAUUGGCGUCCGCGACUACUGUGACAACUCUCGGUACAACAUCCUGGAGGAAGUGGGCAAGAAGAUGAACUUGGACAUGAGGAAGACGUCCUCCCUGUGGAAGGACCAGGCGUUGGUGGAGAUCAACAUUGCAGUUCUGUAUAGCUUUCAGAGUGACAAAGUGACCAUCGUCGACCACCACUCAGCCACCGAGUCCUUCAUCAAACACAUGGAGAAUGAAUACCGCUGCCGGGGGGGCUGUCCCGCGGACUGGGUGUGGAUUGUGCCCCCCAUGUCUGGCAGCAUCACUCCCGUCUUCCACCAGGAGAUGCUCAACUACAGGCUCACCCCCUCCUUCGAAUACCAGCCUGACCCUUGGAACACCCACGUCUGGAAGGGCACCAACGGGACCCCCACAAAGCGAAGAGCCAUUGGCUUCAAGAAGCUGGCAGAAGCCGUCAAGUUCUCAGCCAAGCUGAUGGGGCAGGCAAUGGCCAAGAGGGUCAAGGCGACCAUCCUGUAUGCCACAGAGACAGGCAAAUCGCAGGCCUAUGCCAAAACCUUGUGUGAGAUCUUCAAGCACGCUUUUGAUGCCAAGGUGAUGUCCAUGGAAGAAUAUGACAUCGUGCACCUGGAACAUGAAACUCUGGUCCUGGUGGUCACCAGCACCUUUGGCAACGGAGACCCCCCUGAAAACGGGGAGAAAUUCGGCUGUGCUUUGAUGGAAAUGAGGCACCCCAACUCUGUGCACGAGGAAAGGAAGAGCUACAAGGUCAGGUUCAAUAGUGUUUCCUCCUGUUCUGACUCCCAAAAAUCAGCAGGCGAUGGGCGGGACCUCAGAGACAACUUCGAGAGCGCCGGCCCCCUGGCCAACGUGAGGUUCUCCGUGUUUGGCCUGGGCUCACGGGCAUACCCUCACUUCUGUGCCUUUGGACACGCCGUGGACACCCUCCUGGAAGAGCUGGGAGGAGAGAGGAUCCUGAAGAUGAGGGAGGGGGAUGAGCUCUGUGGGCAGGAGGAAGCUUUCAGGACCUGGGCCAAGAAGGUCUUCAAGGAAGCCUGUGAUGUGUUCUGUGUGGGAGAUGACGUCAACAUUGAGAAGGCAAACAACUCCCUCAUCAGCAAUGACCGCAGCUGGAAGAGGAACAAGUUCCGUCUCACCUAUGUGGCCGAAGCUCCAGAACUUACACAAGGUCUCUCCAGCGUCCACAGAAAGCGGGUGUCGGCCGCUCGUCUCCUCAGCCGGCAGAACCUCCAGAGUCCUAAGUCCAGCCGGUCUACCAUCUUCGUGCGUCUCCACACCAAUGGGAAUCAGGAGCUGCAGUACCAGCCUGGGGACCACCUGGGCGUCUUCCCUGGCAACCACGAGGACCUCGUGAACGCCCUGAUCGAGCGCCUGGAGGACGCACCCCCCGUCAACCAGCUGGUGAAAGUGGAGCUGCUGGAAGAGCGGAGCACAGCUUUGGGAGUCAUCAGUAACUGGACAGAUGAGCACCGCCUCCCGCCCUGCACCAUCUUCCAGGCCUUCAAGUACUACCUGGACAUCACCACGCCGCCCACGCCACUGCAGCUGCAGCAGUUCGCCUCCUUGGCCACCAGCGAGAAAGAGAAGCAGCGUCUGCUCAUCCUCAGCAAGGGCUUACAGGAGUACGAGGAGUGGAAAUGGGGCAAGAACCCCACCAUCGUGGAGGUGCUGGAGGAGUUCCGGUCCGUCCAGAUGCCCGCCACCCUGCUCCUGACCCAGCUGUCCCUCCUGCAGCCUCGCUACUAUUCCAUCAGCUCCUCCCCAGACAUGUACCCCGACGAGGUGCACCUCACCGUGGCCGUCGUCUCCUACCGCACCCGAGACGGAGAAGGGCCGAUUCACCACGGCGUGUGCUCCUCCUGGCUCAACCGGAUACAGCGUGACGAAGCGGUCCCCUGCUUCGUGAGAGGAGCACCCAGCUUCCACCUGCCCCGGAACCCCCAAGUGCCCUGCAUCCUGGUGGGCCCGGGCACCGGCAUCGCCCCCUUCCGAAGCUUCUGGCAGCAACGACAGUUUGAUAUCCAACACAAAGGAAUGAGUCCCUGCCCCAUGAUCCUGGUCUUCGGGUGCCGGCAGUCCAAGAUAGACCACAUCUACCGGGAGGAGACCCUACAGGCCAGGAGCACGGGGGUCUUCAGAGAGCUGUACACGGCCUACUCCCGGGAGCCAGACAAACCAAAGAAGUACGUGCAGGACAUCCUGCAAGAGAAGCUGGCGGAACCGGUGUACCGAGCCCUGAAGGAGCAAGGCGGCCACAUUUACGUCUGCGGGGAUGUCACCAUGGCUGCGGACGUCCUCAAAGCCAUCCAGCGCAUCAUGAGCCAGCAGGGGAAACUCUCGGCGGAGGACGCCGGCGUGUUCAUCAGCCGGCUGAGGGAUGACAACCGCUACCAUGAGGAUAUUUUCGGCGUCACCCUGAGAACGUAUGAAGUGACCAACCGCCUUAGAUCCGAAUCCAUCGCCUUCAUCGAGGAGAGCAAAAAAGCCACUGACGAGGUUUUUAGCUCCUAACCGGACCCUCCUGCCUCCGCGGACGGCGG